AUGGUACCUAUCGUAACUCUGCAGCAGAACGUGUUGAAACCACCAGCAUGCGAAGAUCGCUUUUCCACUCGUAUCAGUGGUUCUGACGACAUUCCAUUACCCUGUCAUCGCCAGGCCAGCACUGUUGGCGAUGAUGCCUCGUCUACUCACCAGAAAAGGGUCCAUUUCAACCGCAAACAAAACUCUCAUGACAACAUUUGUCGGGAUGAUUACACUGACGAGGAGCUAGCUGCCUGUUGGGUCACCCAGGAAGAGAGGGCAAGCCACUAUAAGUGUUUUGAGAAGACUAUCAAGCGAAUGGAAUCGGGCAAGAAGGCCAACAAGGACAAUACUUACAGGGGCCUUGAAGAUUUCUUACAGACCGACUCCAUAGACAGGACUGUACACGAUUGCAUUGAUGCAGUUAUGGAUGAACAGAAAAGACAAUGGGACAUUUCAUUCAAAGUUAUCGAGUGGGAUCUCUUUCGUGAAGUGUCGCGGGAGGUAAGCACCCAGUCCGCAAAAUAUUCACUCGCAAUGGCUCAAUACGACGCACAUGAAACCUGCGCGGCGAAUAUUGCCGAAGAAGACGACGACUCGUUUGAAGGUGACGACUUUCCAAAAGGUGCUGCUGAGAUCCCGCAAUCUUUUAAGGAUAACGCGAACUGCAAACAUUUUUGGCACCCCAAAAAACUAAGAAGCCACAUGCAACCAUCUAGCUAG